UUUACUCGUACCCUCUCUUUUCACAUUUGAUUUAUUUGUUUGUUUCAGUGGUUAAGGUAACAGUGUUUAAAAAUCGGUCAUUUUUAUCUAAAUGCAUAAAUGUUGUUCGUUGCACCUAACUCGAAGACCUCAAAGGAGGACGAAUGGACUUCAACUUCCUCUAAAUUACCAACAAAUCGUUGGGUGGAUAGUUUUCGUAAUCACGGCUUUAGUUAACUUCUUAUUACUCACACAGAUACAAUUUGAUGACUUGAAGUCUGCGUCGCUAAUUAUUUAUAGUUUUGUAUACGUAGUUCAUGUGAUUGCGCAUUUUGCCGCAUCUUUAAUGGAUCCAGGAGAGGAUGAUCUAAGAAAACGAGAUAUAAAUAUACUCCCAGAAUUCGAUCGAACAAUUCAUGCCCAUGUCAUUGAAAAUGGAAGAUGCCAUCUCUGUAAUAUUAACACCACUGACAAGAAAACGAAACAUUGUGGGAUAUGCAAUAAAUGCGUAUAUCAAUUUGAUCAUCACUGUAAAUGGUUAAACAACUGUGUUGGUCAAAAAAACUAUGCCGUAUUCAUUCUAUGCGUCGUUUCAGCCUUAUUCAUUGCCCUGUUUACUUCAAUACUGUGCUUAAUAGAUAUAUAUUUUUUCCUUGAAAGCCCUCAGGAAUUAAGUACUGCAACUCAAACUUUUAUAAACUGUACACAAUUAAAGGACUUAAAUUAUGUGACUAAAAAAUAUUGUAAGAGUUCUAUUUAUUUUUUAAUAUUUCUUGUUACAUUUUGUAUAAUUGCCUUAGCCAUAGCUUGUGCUUUGUUGCAUUUGUUAUGUUUUCACAUUUAUAUUUCAAUUUUAGGUCUUUCUACAUACGAAUAUAUAAUGAGAAACUCGCACAUUAAAUCGUCGAUUAGUUGUAAGCCUUGUAGAUUCAAUAUUAGAAGGCUUUACAUUAUAAAUCAGAAUAAGGUAAAAUCAAAUUCAAUUGUUAGUUCUGAAGCUGGGGGAAAAAUUAUGCGGAACCAUAUCAAUGGAAAACGUGUGAAAAAUUUUCUAAAUACUUUUGUUACCGAUGAAUUAAAUAGAACUAGAAAGAUUUUAUUAUACGAAAAUACUAAAAUUCAUCCUAGUAACGAAGAGAGAAGCUAACACAGGUAUUAAUCAAAAAGGUUAAAAAUUGGAAAAUAAGUGAACUUAUUACACCUAUUAUUAUAAUUUGUUAAUGCCACUUUAAUGAAAAACUUAUUUGGCGGAAAUUUUAAAAUAGUUUUUAGAUUAAUCAAUGAAGUACAAUUUUCCACAAAUUCAGGUCCAAAUUCAUUUAAAAAUUAACCAAACCCAAUUUAACACACAUAUAGGAACAAGAGGAGUCAAAAAGAACGUGUAAAACUGACGAUAGCUAGAAUUUUUCUGUAUGUAUGUAGGUGUCCAGUGAUCAAAAGUGGUAUCAUAAGUUGUCAAUUUAAUUAUCUAUUAUAUUCACUUGGUCUUGUUGUAUACUUGUAAUUAUAAAUAACCUCCUUAUAAUUGGAGACAGCCAAAACUGACGAAAUGCUAAAUUUUUUUGAGUAAAACUACAUUCUUCAGUAAACUAUGGCAUAUUAAUUUAUUUGUCGUAGAUAUAUUAAUUGAAUUGUUUUAAAUUUUUAUUAUCUAAUUGACAAUGACCACAAAUUCCAAGCUAAUCUAAUUUAUACAAUUAAUUAGAUAACGUUAGCAUAAACUUUAAUGUUAUAUAUGUACAUGUAAUAUGUAAGUAUUGUAUAACGUGGAACACGU